CUGGAACUUUCCUAGCACCUAUAGAAUCACUUUCUUACCGAGGUUUUCGUACUGUCAUUGAAAUUGAUUUAAUUGGAACUUUUAAUGCGUGUAAAGCAUGCUUUCCUCACUUGAAAAAAUCCAAAGGUGUUGUGAUUAAUGUUUCUGCCAAUCUUCAUUACCAAU